AUGACUGGACAUGCACCCCUUGUUGGCGUCAUCGGAGGUUCGGGAUUGUACAAACUCGAGGGGAUCGAGCCCGUGGAAAGCUUGAAGAUCGAUACCCCAUGGGGUCCGCCCUCGUCCCCGAUCACACUGUUCAGACUGCCGAGUGGUCCAGUGGUAGCGUUCCUCGCCCGACAUGGCGUCUCACAUCAAUUUACCCCUUCUGAAGUCCCCUCACGAGCGAAUAUUGCAGCCCUAAAGAAGAUCGGCUGUCAAGUGAUUGUUGCCUUCUCAGCCGUCGGGAGCUUGCGGGAGGAGAUCAAGCCUCGAGAUAUCGUCGUUCCCAGUCAGAUUAUCGAUCGUACCAAGUCCGUCCGACCCUGCACGUUUUUCGAAGGUCUCGGUGUCGUAGGACAUGCGAUGUUUGGCGAACCGUUUGACACCGAGCUGACUGGCCUGGUGACCAAAUCGAUCAAACAAGCUGUUGCUGGCUUUGGGCCGAAUGAUCAGAUCGGCGUGCACGCCGACAAGGUGGCCAUUUGCAUGGAGGGCCCAGCAUUCUCUACCCGGGCCGAAAGUAACAUGUACCGAAUGUUUGGUGGUGAUAUUAUCAAUAUGUCUGUUCUUCCGGAAGCUAAGCUUGCACGCGAGGCUGAACUGAGCUACGCCUUGAUCGCGCAAAUAACUGAUUACGAUGCUUGGAGGGAGAGUGAAGAGCCGGUCACGGUAGCCGAAGUGAUGGCCACCAUCGCCGCCAACGUCUCCGUUUCCAAUCGACUAACCCUAACGAUCUUGGAUGAAGUUCAUAAUGCGGUAGCUAAGGGCCAACUCAAGACGUGUAAAGGAACAAUGGAGUACAGUGUGAUGACAAAGAAAGAAGUGAUCCCGGAAGAGUCUAAGAAGACACUCAGCUUUAUCUUACCUUAUUUCUCCUCGUGA